CUUUGUUUGAAACUUAGAGGUGUGCCGAUUCACUCUCCGCUGCUUUGGGUUCAACAGGAGCAAAACUCACGAGCUUAUCAACUUUAUUACAAGGAGACAGCAGCUCGAAACGCUAAGAGAACGGAUCAAGUAAAGGUGUGACUGACAAAGACGUUUUUUUCCGGAUGAAGAGAUGAGUGCUGAAAUCAGCACCAUCCCCACGUUACAACUGUAUUUGGAUUCCUUUUGGUCUUCCAGUGUAGGAUCCCACAGCUCUGCCGUAAACACCACCAACGCAUGGGUAACAGCACCCACAUCUUUGUACAGCCCUCCUGUUUCCAGCAGCAUUAGAAUGGACCCGGCCCAGUCCAGCCCGACUCCAGAUGAAUCCUCAGAACUGGGUUCUGAGUUUCAGGCCCAGCUCGACCUGUUCCUCAAGCUGGGGUUUUCCCAAACGCAGGUCCGCGCUGCUUUCUUGAAACUCGGCCUCAACGCAGACACCAACAGGGUUUUGGGUGAGCUGAUACAGGCUGCUGGGGAAUCAGAGGAGAGAGAGGAACCUACAGCCUCCCCUGUGCUGGUUUCACGUGGGGACGCUUCCAGUAAAGUCCAAAGUGCCCAAAAUCCCUGUCAUAAUGCUCCAGCAAUGUCAAGCGCUUCAGAAGAGCUGGCAGAGGAUGAGGACGCACUCAGACCAAUAGUCAUUGAUGGGUCUAAUGUAGCCAUGAGUCACGGGAACAAGGAAGUCUUUUCCUGUCUGGGAAUUCAGUUGGCGGUAAACUUCUUCCUGGAGCGGGGUCACAUUGACAUCACAGUGUUUGUGCCUUCCUGGAGAAAAGAACAGCCGCGACCUGAUGUGCCUAUUACAGAUCAGCACAUUCUGCGUGAAUUAGAGCGGAGGAAGCUGUUGGUGUUCACACCAUCCAGAAGGGUGGCAGGAAAACGAGUGGUUUGCUAUGAUGACCGUUUUAUCGUGAAGCUGGCAUACGAAUCCGACGGCAUCAUUGUUUCCAACGACACUUACCGAGAUCUGCAAGGAGAACGUCCUGAGUGGAAGCGUUUUAUAGAGGAGAGGCUUCUGAUGUAUUCGUUCGUCAAUGACAAGUUUAUGCCUCCGGAUGACCCUUUGGGAAGACAUGGACCCACCCUAGAUAAUUUUCUGAGGAAAACUCCACGUAUACCUAAGAAACAGCCCUGUCCUUAUGGAAGGAAGUGCACAUAUGGAAUCAAGUGCAAGUUCCAUCAUCCAGAGCGAACCAAGCAAUCCCAGCGUGCCCUGGCUGAUGAGCUCCGAGACAAAGCCAAAAUUUCAUCCACACCGCACAAACCUCAGCCGGUUUCCAGUCAGAGUCCACCUCUGGAGGAAGUAAUGGAACAGAAACUCUCCCUGGAUGCUGGAUCUCUUAAGAAGAGUUACGCCAGUGAAAAUGUCCUUGUCAUUAAAGCAGCCCCCCAGCCAACUCAAAGAAAGUUUCCUUUGAAAAAAGAACGUCGGCAUUCGCCAACAAGUCUAGAUUCCUUUCCCAGUGGAUCUCAGGAGCGUUUGGAUUCUGGCUUGGGUUCCUACGAAUGCCAUUCUCCUGAAGCUUGCCAUUGUGAUCGCUACUGCGACCACAGGAAGUCCAAACCAUCCAACAGUGGGCGGCAUCGCUACGUUCCGCCCAAUACCCAACCCUGCAGUUGCUGUUCCUACCAAUCCCUCAGCACCGGUGGAGCUGGUCAGCACCAUAGCAUGGGGCUGCCCAGCUCAACAAACCCGGGUUAUGCUCAACCCCGGUAUCACUCCUAUGGAGGAGGUCCAGUUUACCCACCUGUUAACAUGUCCCAGUAUUCAUUUCCACACAGCAGAGGGCCUCCUCCCCAACAGGGCUACUGGUCCGACCAUUAUGGUGGCUAUCCUCCAGCAUCCCACAAUGCCAUGCAGCCAGAGAUAGGACAUGGACACUGGUCGCCCUCCAAUCACAAUCCUCAGUGGUCCGAACGGGAGCAGGUGCGUAAGAAAUUACUUGCAAUUUUCAAUGCACGUUUGGUGGACAGAGCCAUGGACAUGUUCCCGUUUCUCCUGGACCCUCAGAGACUGGCUGCAGAGAUUUUAACCCUCCAGUCUCAGGAUGGGGCUUUUUAAUUUAUCUUUGUUGAAGGACUAGAUGAUAAGACAAAGAUUCUGGCACCAAAGGUGUUACAAUAAGUUCUCAGCCGCAACCACAAGAAGUGAUUUCACUCGAGUUUGUCACUCCGCCCACAGUGAAAUCCCAAUCCUGCUGUCUUUGUCGUGCUUCGUUUUGCUUUUCAACAAGGACAGGAAAAUAACUCUUUCAUUGGAGACUGUCGGGUAAUGCGGUGUAGCUCCGCCCACAGUGAAAUCUCAUUGGUCCACAGUCCCACUUCAUAUCAUUUUUUUUUUUUGAUUGACUGUUUUUGUCUUGCAGCGUUUUUCUUUUAGCAAGAACACAAAAAUCAUUUUUGUUGGAGUCUGUCUCAUAAUGCAGUGUAGCUCCAACUACAGUGAAUCUCAUUGGUCCUGCUUACAGUCCUGCUAUACAUCAGAUAUAUUCUGAUUGGCUGUUUGUAUCAAGUCAUUGGAGUCUGGAUGUGGUGUACACACACCACGUAGCUCCGCCCACAGUGAAAUCUCAUUGGUCCACAGUCCCACUUCAUAUCAGAUUUGUUUUCCGAUCGACUAUUUUUGUCGAGUCAUGCAGUGUUUUUCUUUUAGCAAGAACACAAAAAUAAUUUUAGUUGGUGUCUUUCACAUAAUGCAGUGUAGCUCCACCCACAGUAAAUUCUCAUUGGCCCACAGUUCCGCUUCACAUCAGAUUUAAUGUUCUGAUUGGCUGUUUUUGUCAGGUCAUACAGCGUUUUGAAAUAAGAUUUGAAAAUAGACAUAUUAAUGUCUACAGUUUUAAAAAUACAGUUAUAGUUUAUUAGAUGUUUAAUUUUUGUGAUGCAGUUGACUCAAUUGAAGCCAGAAGAGAAGAUUUUAUUCUUGUUGUAUUUUUCAUAUUGUUAUUUGACCUCUAACUAUGGUGGAUUCACUAUUGGUUAUAUUAACCACCAGUGCAUUUUCCAUCUUGCUGUGGUUCUCAAGACUUUAAUAUCAGUUUUGUUUCAUUGUUUUUACAAAAUAUGCAAUCAUAUUUGAUAAUGGAAUGACACAUUCUCAGAUUUAUUUGUGGAAAAACAUCUUUUUUUGUGUUUCAGGUGUUAUUAUUUGUGGUUCUGCACGAUUCGCAGUACCGUGUAUGUUGAAUGUGUUGGCACCGUGUGCCGUAACUGACAUUUGUUAAGCAGAACUACCACAAAGGUAGAAGAGUACGCACCCUUUGGUGUAUUUUUCCAUAACUUAUAAAAUGUCCUUAAGAAUGCAAGCAUCACCAGUGUAACUUGACAUAAUUUCUCCAAGUUCUCAAAGGUAAUUGCCAAAAGCAUGAAAGGUUGUGGAACUUUUGGUGACUCUGUUAGUUUGUAUUGAAGCUGUUUAGAGUUUAAAAAGGGAGUCGGCAAUACUAAGUAGGCAAUUUUUUGCCUUUUUUUUAUUUAGCUGUAUGUUCUUUGCUCGUUUAAAUAUGUCUUUGCUUUUUAUGCUGUAUCUCAUAUUAUGAAAAUAAAAU